AUGAUUGCUUUACAAGCCAAAAUGAGGAUGAAGAUGAACUCGACACAGGUUUCAUAUUUCACUCUAAGUGCCUACUUUGACACUGGGCCUUUCAAAUAUAUAUAUUUCCUGAUUAUCACACUUUUAUAUAUUUUAAUUAUCUGUGCAAACAUUUUCCUGGUUGUGAUUAUCUGUAUGAACAGAAGUUUACAUGAACCUAUGUACCUGUUUCUGUGCAGCCUGUUUGUAAAUGAACUGUAUGGUAGUACAGGGUUGUUUCCAUUCCUUCUGCUUCAGAUCCUCUCUGACAUUCACACUGUUUCUGUUCACUUUUGUUUCCUGCAGAUUUAUUCUGUCUAUACAUAUGUGUGCGUAGAAUUUUUAAACUUAGUUGUCAUGUCUUAUGACAGAUACCUCGCUAUCUGUUAUCCUCUACAAUAUAACACAUGUAUGACAACUAAAAAAGUUGCAAAGCUUAUUGUAGUAACAUGGCUAAUCCCGUUUCUUGCAAUAGUGGUUUUGGUAUCAUUAAGUUUGUCUUUACAGCUGUGUGGGAACAUUAUUGGUAAAGUCUUCUGUGACAAUUAUUCUGUUGUCAAACUGGCCUGCUCUGACACCAGAGUAAAUAACAUUUAUGGACUCAUUUACUUAGUUAUCUCGAUCAUUAUUCCUCUCAUUUUAAUCCUUUUCUCUUACAUGAAGAUUCUUAAAGUUUGUUUUUCUGGUUCUAAACAGACCAGACAAAAAGCUGUCAGUACCUGCACACCUCACCUUGCUUCUCUGCUCAACUUCUCUUUUGGAGUUUGCUUCGAAGUGUUACAGAGCAGGUUUAAUAUGAGUGGCGUACCAAAUGUAUUGCAAAUUUUUCUAUCAUUAUACUUUCUUACAUGUCAGCCGCUCUUCAACCCUAUACUGUAUGGACUGAAAACGUCUAAAAUCCGUAACAUAUUUGUCCAUCAUGUCUUAUGA